AAUUUCAGCCCAGCGAAUCUGUCGUGACCCAUAUGCAUAUCCAUAUCCCUAUUUUCCAGCUUCGUGUUUCUAUUUUUACUCGCCCAUACGUGCCCACGCCCUAAUUAAUGCCAUAAUCUCAAUUACGAAUAAUACCUUUGCUCCUGCUAUCUGCCACCGCCCGUCGAUAUCCCCUGCUUAGAACAACGCCUAAUCGUUCUCCCGUCUGCUGUGCAACCCUCCACGACCUCGCCAAGCUCCAUUCGUCGACACGAUAUCGCCAAAUCAAGCUCUCCGGCGCUUCAUAGACUGCUAGACUUGCGCCCAAUCUCGCUCCACCGUCCGCCAUUUGCCGCUCCCGCUCCCGCCCAUUCUCUCGAAAACCAGACGCAGACGCAGAGCCCGCACAUGUGUCUUAUGCUCCGCAUCAUCACCGUCAUGGUCUAGCCAUGACCACGCUGCUCAACAACCGGCCGGAUUCAGGUCCCCCGCCUCGCCCGAUCCGCUUUGUCCAUAACCAGGGCCAGCCGCCGUCCAAGCGACGCAGAAUCAAUGCAGCGUGCCUGACCUGUCGAAGGCGUAAGACAAGAUGCGCCGGCGAACGACCGCAAUGCUCGACAUGCACCAAGAAUGGACACCAGUGCCUGGGCUAUCCCGAGGAUAGGAGAGAUGGCAUCGAUCCCUCAGGACUGAGGCCGGGCGACGAAGACGAUGCGCCAAACGAAGACUUCAACCAAGCAGAAGACGAUGGCGCUGUGGCAAGGAAGCAUGCUGGUGCCGCGUCCGAAACUCGACCAACGUCAUCGGGAAGAGACAAUGUGCCAGCAGCGUCUGCUUCCGUUUCACGACCGCCGCUGAUUUCUAGAACAUCCAACAUUGCACCAAGCAUCGAACUUGGUGCCGAUGGCAAUCCAAACGAUAUAGACCCACACCAAUCCCCUGUAUUCAAUCACCAGCAUCAUGUGGUGAGCCAUCACCAGGCUCAUCCAUCAGCUGCAUCCGAUGAUCUACCCAGCUCUCCCACUCUCCGGCGGGUUAUCCCCAGCCGUCGCAUCCCUUAUUUCCGAUACUUUGGCUCCACGGCCAUUGUCCCAGGAUUCAAGCAAAUGGUAGUUUCCGUACGCGAUCGGCGGCGGUCUACUGGAGGCUCGCAUUCUAACCCUUCGCUCCAGUCCACGCCCAGUGGCGUCAUGGCCAGCGGCUCGGCCGUGGAUAGCGACAUUGUCCGCGAAGACAUUCCGUCUUAUGAUCCUAAUAACCCCGCCCCAGUCCAUCCCCUCAUUAUCCAACUCGUCACCGCAUUCUUCAUUCAUGUUGGCUGCAACUACCCUUUUCUCAACAAAGAAAAGUUCCUGCGCCAUGUCAAGGACAAGCGCGUCGAGCCGAUCUUGGUAGAUGCCGUAUGUGCCAUUGCGGCGCGCUUCUCAGACAACCAUAUACUCACUGGUGGCAAUGACAAAAUGCCCCGAACAGAGAGGGGCCAAGUCUUUGCGCAAAGAGCCAGACAAGCCACUGUCGAUACUUUCCCUUGCCCUUCUGUAGGCGCAGUCCAAGCCUGCCUGCUCAUGGCAUACGAAGGCUUUGGCGCCAACCAAGAUAGCGCCUUGUGGAUGUACUUGGGUCUGGCCAUACGCAUGGCAGUCGAUCUUGGUCUUCAGAAGUGCGUCGGAAUCCAGUAUCAGGGCGAGAAGGACCCUUGGUAUACCCGACAUCGUAGCCGCGCCAAUGAUGAUGACCAAGAGAGCCCCGAAGCGCAUAAAACUGACGCUAUCGACACGCUCAGCCCGCAGGAGCAGAAGGAGGUGGAACAAGAACGCAUCGACACAUUUUGGUCCGUCUUCAUCUUGGAUCGAGUCAUCUCUUCCGGCACAGGGCGGCCGGUAACCAUACGAGACGGCGAUUACGAGCUUGCUUUUCCCGAAUCCAACAAUGACUUGAUGACUGGGUGGCCUAAUCCGUUCCCAGUCUUUGUCAAAAUCAUCAACCUCUACGGCCAGGUGUGCGAUGUUUUGAACAAUCUUCAUAAUGCCCAGGACCUUACCCAAGAUAAAUGGGAUCAGCUAUCUGAAAUGGAACAUCGGCUGACGAGAAUGUACAAACACUGGGAUCCACGGCUUCAGUUCAACGUCAGCAACUUCAAGACAUACCUUGGCAUGGGCCAGGGCACCAAUUUCAUCCUCCUUCACUUUUGGUUUCACGCGCUCUUCAUCAUCUUGCAUCAGCCAACCCUUCUUACCCCCUUUUGUGAAUUGAGAAGCGAGCUUCAGCUCCUCUCUGAUAGCCGUGAGCUGAGCAUGAGCAGCGCAAAGACGAUUUGCGACAUCUUAUCCUUUGCCGAUCUCAUCGACCCAAAAAGUUUCAUCGGUAAUCCCUUCACCAAUCAACCCAUCUACAUUGCCGCAUGCGCCUUUCUCAUGGAAUCCAGCGCCACCAAUGCGUCUGAAGGAUCAUCCAGAGAGGGAACACCACCUCCUGCCUCAAACUCCAACACAAACCGCUCCCGGCAGCAGGCUAAGUCUAAUACCAAGCAAUCUCGGCAUUCGCUCCUCGCUUCGGCGGCGAAUCAAAACUACCAAAAAUGCUACAACUCCUUACAGCAGAUUCAGUCAUACUGGGGUGGCGUGACGUACAUUCUCACUGUUUUGGAUCAAAAGUCAAAAGGCAAAUGGGACUGUGAGACAUAUACCGUGGAGGAGUAUGAGAGCACUAAGCUGCCGCCAGCCCGGCCGUCUAUCGGCGAACAGCUCUCUCGGCUGGAGAAGCAGUCGUCACCAAAGAUGAUGGCCGGUUCACCGAUUGCUUUCAGUUUAUCCGGAACAAACCAUUCGCCGAAUUCGAGCCUGACACUCAUGUACCAGGCAUUCAACUCCAACGCAGGACCUCCUACUGGAUUCCCUCCCACUUCUCACACCAUGGCGAGACCGGCUAGUGAAUCACCAGGGAGCAUAACCUACGACACUAUUCGACCUACAAUGCCAGGGGCGGGGGCAAUGUUUUCCCCCCCUAUGCCACAGCCAAACAUUUCGGCAAUCCGACAUUCUCCCCGGCGGUCGGCAUAUGCUACUACGAACUCAAUGAAUGUUAGUGGUGUGGCCUCACGCAAUGUAAUGAGCUUUGAAGAUAUAAAGGAAGAGGCCGAAGAGCUGCCUGCUGGUUACGCAACUUUGGGUCAGGGGUCUGGGAGAUAUGAUGCUUACAACGUAUCUCCGGUCAAUGGAUCAAGAAGCAUGAUGAACUCGACGGCCGUGACUAGUGCUGCUGCCACGGUGGGCGGAGCACAUAACAACUUGUAUUAUGCACAGAAUAUGGCCUACCAUGGGCCGUGGGGUCCCAUUAUGGGCAACAUGGACGCCAUUACGUUUGACAGCCAGGAUAUUGACAUUGGAGCCCUUGGGCUACAACAGCCGGAUCUUAUGGGAGGGUGGCUGGAAUACAUUCCCAGCGAUGUGCUGGGAGGAUUAUUUGAUGAGCAUCAAGAAUCUGGAUAGGCGGUGAAUAGAACGCUAUGAAAUUUCCAGGCACUUAGUUGCGCCAUUCCGUGUUUAUUCGAUAUCUAUUGACUGAUGACGGCAAUGGCGCAUUUCUGUAAGACUGCUAUGGUGGGAUGGAUGGACGAUGGAUGGAUGGUGUUUUCGGCGCUUGGUCAUACUAGCGAUGCAAAAUCUGGCGCAGUGUUUUGGUAAACCGUGUUACAAGCAUAUACGUAAUGUCUACAGCAUUUUUGGAUAUCAGAUUUGAUGAUGUGCAGAAUAGCCGGAUGCUAUCUGUUAUUGUUACUAUUAUUUCGUGUCAUGUGAAUGGACGUAGUCAAACGCUGCAUUGCUGUCUAUAUAUAUAUAUAUCGUAUAUGGAGAAUUGUAAAUACCUAGGUAUGUUCUUAUUAUCGAGUACAGAGAAAUUCAAAAUGUAGAAAGGG